AUGCUGGUGGUGGCUGCCCUGGCAUCAGAGCCCAUUGAAGUGGCAGCUCUAGGAAGACCUCUGUUUCCUGGUAUGCUGUAUGACUGCCGCAAGGAUACCUUCAUUCCAGGUGUUACUCUGUGGAAUAAGAAGUCACUGAGUGAAGAUUUGGACACUCGUUCACAGCUCAUGACAGAUUUGAAGUUCAGUAGCUCAGACUCUCUCUCUAAUAAGUCCAGUCUCCUGGAUGUAAGUGCUUCCCUGAAGGCCAGCUUCUUAGGAGGACUGGUGGAGGUGGGAGGAUCUGCCAAGUUCCUGCGUGACACCAAAUCUUCAAACCAACAGUCCAGAGUUACAAUGUAUUACAAACAAACCACCAGAUUCGAACAGCUCACAAUGACUCAGCUGGGCCAGAUCACCUACCCUCAGGUGUUUGAGCAGAAAACUGCAACUCAUGUGGUCACUGGUGUACUAUAUGGAGCUCAGGCCUUCAUGGUGUUUGAUCUCACAUUUUCAGAAGAGGAAAACAAGCAGGAGAUUGAGGGAAAACUAGAUGCCAAGGUCAAGAAAAUCCCUGGAUUUUUCACUGAGGGAAAAGGUGCUUUAAACAUGACAGAUAUUGAUAAGGAAAUGACUGAGAGCAUCACCUGCACAUUUUAUGGUGACGUCCGCCUUGAUCAGAACCCCACCACUUACAUGGAGGCCCUAGAGGUGUACAAGAAGCUCCCCAAUAUACUGAAGGAGAAUCCAGANCCCAUGACAGAUCUGAAGUUCAGUAGCUCAGACUCUCUCUCUAGUAAGUCCAGUCUCCUGGAUGUAAGUGCUUCGUUGAAGGCCAGCUUCUUGGGAGGGCUGGUGGAGGUGGGAGGAUCUGCCAAGUUUCUGCGUGACACCAAAUCCUCAAACCAACAGUCCAGAGUAACAAUGUAUUACAAAGAAACCACAAGAUUUGAACAGCUCACCAUGACCCAGCUGGGCCAGAUCACCUACCCUCAGGUGUUUGAGCAGAAAACUGCAACUCAUGUGAUCACGGGUGUACUGUAUGGAGCUCAGGCCUUCAUGAUGUUUGAUCGGACAUUUUCAGAAGAGGAAAACAAGCAGGAGAUUGAGGAAGGACUGAAUAUCAUGGUCAAGAAGAUUCCUCUAUUUUCCAUUGAGGGAACAGGAGCUAUAAAGAUGACAGAUGGUGAUAAGAAAGUGGCUGAGAACAUUGCCUGCACGUUUUAUGGUGACUUCCGCCUUGAUCAUAACCCCACCACUUACAUGGAGGCCCUGGAGGUGUACAAGAAGCUCCCCAAUAUACUGAAGGAGAAUCCACAGAAUGCAGUUCCAGUAAAAGUCUGGCUCUAUCCUCUUUCUCUACUGGAUACAAAAGCUGCUCAGUUGGAGAGAGAAAUUAGCACGCCUCUGGUUUCCAACACUGUAGAUAUAAUAGAGGGGCUGGAAGAGGCAGAGAGGACAUGCAACGACCUCUCCAGAAAACCACUGGUGAAUGUUUUCAGAGACAUCAAAGACAGGCUGCAAUCAUUUCAGAAUUCAUUUAGCAGUCACAAGACAAUGCUCCUGAAAGCUGUCAGCAGGGUCUUGCCUGCUAUACGAGGAGGAGGGAUGGAGGAGAAGUCACUGGAAGACAUCCUGAAGAUCCACUACAGCUCCCCUUUCAAAGCUGACAAGCUUAACCAGUGGUUAGAUCUUGCAAAGUCUGAACUUGACCUCUUGAGUACUCAAACCAAGAUUCUGGAGGGAAUCAAAACUGAAGACUCAAACCAUCUCAAGACCAUCCUCCUUAAUCCUGACAUUGAUGUUUUGGUGUGCUUGACCUUCACAUCUCUGAAGUAUGAAGACCAGUAUCUUUCAACCCAGAAGGAGUUUGUGGAAUCUGACAAGUUUAAAGAGCUAGAUGUGGAAAUGAAACCGCAUUCUAACACAUUAGCAUCAGAAGAGUGGUUCAACAAUCCUGAUGUCAUCUCUAAGAUGAGAGAGAACUUAUCUCUUUUCAAAAGUUUUUCAGAGGCUAAUAAAGAUGACAAGAGAUACCGAUUCAUUGUGUCUGCCAUCUCCGAUCCAUCCAGUCCAGGCUCCUCCAUCUAUCUGUAUGAAAAAGGGAAGCUGACAAACAGACAGUUCCAGCCUGUGUCGAAGCCUCCCCCACCAGAAGUGAAGGCGGUCCUGGAGGGCAGUGUGUCCCUGAAACUGCAAAAGUCCCCGACUGGAGAAACUGUGCAGUACAGAGUGGAAUACAAGGAGGUGAAAGCAGCUGAGGAACAGUGGCUUGUCAUAAACACACCUGAUGAAGACUUUAAGCUGACUGAGUUGGAGGUCAGAAAGCAGUACUUGAUCCGCUACAGGAUUGUGGGUAAAGUGGGAGUGAGUGAAGCCAGUGACACUAUCAAUCCCAUAGACAUCGACUUUCCCGAGACCAGGAACGACUUCCUACAAUAUUCCCGUCAGCUCAUUCCGGAUCUGAACACGGUGAAUAAAUGGAUCAGUCUGUCUGAGGGGAACACAGUGAUUACUGACACUUACCCAAAGACUCAGUGGUAUCCUGAUCAUCCAGACAGAUUUGAUUGGUCUCAGGUGUUGUGUACAGAGAGUGUGAGUGAUCGACGCUCUUACUGGGAGGUUGAGUGGAGAGGUCUUGAAGUGUUUUUAUCAGUGUCAUAUAAGAGCAUCAAGAGGAAGGCAGGGAGUGAGAGUCGGUUUGGAGCUAGUGAUCAGUCCUGGAGUUUGAGCUGCUCUUCCUCCAGAUAUGGAUUCAGAUACUCAUUUGGACACAAAGACAAAUGGACUGAACUCCCUGUAAAGCCCGUCAGCAUUAGAACAGUACAUGAGGAGAAUUACUAUAGAACAGGAGUGUAUGUGGAUCACAGUGCAGGAACUCUGUCCUUCUACAGCAUCUCUGGAGACAUAAUGACCCACCUCCACACAGUCCAGACCACAUUCACUCAACCACUCUAUCCUGGGUUUGGGUUUGGUAAUAAAUCAUCAAUGAAACUGUUGAUGAAUCAGAACAGACUGUAGAGAGACUCUACCCAUAAUGCUUUGAGCUGAUGAUGAAUCAGUGACAGUGAGACUCUACCCAUAAUGCUUUGAGCUGAUGAUGAAUCAGUGACAGUGAGAUGUUAUAGAGUCUCUUCAUUACAUUAAUACUGUGACACUGAAAUAUCAUGUCGGAAUAAAAGUGUGAGACAGA